CUACUGAGAACACUCACUGGCUAACCUGCCCCAAAAACCCAAUACCCCCGCACCAACUCAUAACCAAAAUAUCAAAAUACUCUGCUAAACAUGGAGUCCAGCUGCCAGACCUAGCAACACUCUUGCAAGUUUUCUUCAUAAAUGGUACAAAU